GAAAUCCUUAUCGGCUGCCAAACCAAACCUUUCCACGCCUCGCAACGUCAGUCCAGCGCAUCACGAGUCUCUUUUCUUCAUCCAUCUCGCACCACCAAUUCAUCACCAACAACAUUCAACCACCCCUUUAACCUUCUUCAAAACCACCCUACACACAACCUUCAAAAUGGACAUGUUGACACAAGCCGAGCAGCGCACCCUUGAGCAGCGCAUGCAGAAGCGCCAGGUCAAGGAAUUCAUGGGCGCCUUUGGCGGUCUCGUCGAGCACUGCUUCACAUCCUGCGUCGACGACUUCACCUCCAAGUCCCUGUCUACCCGCGAAAACGGCUGCAUCAACCGCUGCGUCCUCAAGUGGAUGGCUACCCAGCAGCGCGUCAGCGAUCGCUUCCAGGAGCACAAUGCCCAGCUCACCCAGCAGAUGGCCAACAAAUAAACAAACCACGAAUUGAAAUAAAUACAUGGAGGACGAGGCUGUUUGAAUAUCGGAAGACCUGCUGUAUGAUAUAAAGACAAAAAUAGGGUUCGGGGCUUUGGCGGCGGGAUAUUACUACUGUACUACUAGACAAGAAAAUAUGUCAGAUCUGGCCUCGCGAAGAAGAGCUAGAUUCUGGAACAAUAUAUGCAUUUCCACUUUACGA